AUGCCACCGUUAUCUAAUUCUACCAAUACAUACGAAAGUAAGUCCUUAAGAUCAAAAUUUGAUAUGAAACAUGAUGUAAAGAUAGAUCAUGAAGAUCCUCUUAGAAAUGUCAGUAGAAGGCUAAAUAUGACAUUGAAGGACUUUGAAAUUGGGAAGAAAUUGGGAAAAGGUAAACUUGGGAAAGUUUAUUGUGUCAAACAUAUCAAAACUGGUUUCAUAUGUGCAUUAAAAGUCAUGAACAAACAAGAUCUUAUCAAAUUCAAAUUAGAAAGAAAUCUCCGAAGGGAAAUAGAGCUUCAAAUGAAUUUAAAUCACCCCAACAUCAUCAAACUAUUUGGUUAUUUCUACGAUAAGAAGAAUAUCUAUUUAAUCAUAGAAUUUUCCAUUAAAGGGGAGUUAUAUUGUCAUUUGAAACUUCAAAAAAGAUUCAACAAUUCCAUUGCAUCAUAUUAUAUAUAUCAGUUAACCAAUGCCUUGGUUUAUUUGCAUUCCAAACAUAUUGUUCAUAGAGAUAUCAAACCCGAAAACAUCCUUCUAGAUUUGAAUCAUACAAUCAAAUUAUCAGAUUUUGGAUGGUCAAUACUUAUAAAUGAUAAUGAUAAGAGAAAAACAAUGUGUGGAACAUUAGAUUAUUUACCUCCUGAAAUGGUAGAAAAUAAACACCAUGACGCUAGUGUGGAUAUUUGGGCCAUUGGAGUUCUUAUUUAUGAAUUUUUAACAGGUAAACCACCAUUCGAACAUUAUGAUAAAAAUAUAACUUUCAAAAAAAUAGCUUCGGUUGAUUUGAAAUUCCCUAGCUUUGUCAAUGAUGAUGCCAAAGAUUUGGUUACUAAACUACUUCAGAAAAACCCUAAUGAAAGGUUAUCAUUGCAUGAUGUUUUGAAUCAUCCAUGGUUAGUGAACAAUAAAAAAUCAUGGCCAGUUUAA